CGCCGGCUCGGGGGAGCUCUCCUCCCCACACUGGGAUGCCCUCCCCGCAUCUGCUCCGAAGCUUCCGAGGCAGCCGGCACUUUCAGGCUCCUGAAGUGACUCCGCUCGCGAGCGCGCCCCGGGGCCGCGGACCGGACCGGACCGGAUCGACACCUCCGCUCCGACUCGGGACCGUCCCUCCCUAUUCCAGGGGCCCCCUCGGAUCACCCUCUGGCUGCCGGCGGGCGCCUUGGACCCGGGUCACCCGGGUCACCCGGGUCACCCGGGUCGGGGCUCCUCCGAGAGAGGAGAGGCCGGGGUUUCUAAGCCAUGGAACCUGGCACAGUGGUUCGUGCUAUUUUUGAUUUCUGCCCAAGUGUAUCAGAGGAACUGCCCCUAUUUGUAGGAGAUGUCAUUGAGGUGCUGGCAGUAGUGGAUGAAUUUUGGCUCUUUGGAAAGAAAGAGAAUGUUACAGGACAAUUCCCUAGCAGUUUUGUGGAGAUUGUGACCAUUCCCAGUAUGAAGCAUGGAGAAAGGCUGUUUGUCUGCGUCGCUGAAUUUUUGUCCCAGGAUGUGGGUGGUCUCUCCCUCCAUCGAGGUGACCUGGUGAUUCUAGAUGGCCCUCCCACCUCCAGCUGGCAAGAAGGCCGAAGUUGCUGGGGUACCAAGGGCUUUUUCCCAUCAUCCUGUGUACGAGAACUUCUACUCUCCUCCAGAAGCCACCAUCGGGAAUCUCAGAGUACCCUGCUUCAGAUUCCUGAAUAUUCAAUGGGCCAAGCCCGGGCACUGAUGGGACUUUCUGCUCAGCUGGAUGAGGAGUUGAAUUUCAGAGAAGGGGAUAUAAUCACCAUUAUUGGCAUACCUGAACCAGGCUGGUUUGAAGGGGAACUUGAGGGCCAAAGAGGUAUUUUCCCAGAAGGUUUUGUGGAGCUUUUAGGGCCCUUGAGGUCUGUGAAUGAACCAGUGGGUACAGAGAACUCAGGAUACAUUAUUAAUGGUGUGGUAGAUGUACCUCUGGAAGAGGAGAAGAAAGGAACAGAGGAGGAUGAAAAUGAAUUGGGGGCUUAUGGUAUUGCCCUCUAUAAAUUCCAAGCCUUGGAGCCAAGAGAACUGGACUUUGAGGUGGGAGACAGGAUCCAGAUUCUGAGGACAUUGGAAGAUGGCUGGCUGGAAGGAAAACUGAGGGGCAGAACAGGCAUCUUUCCUUACAGAUUUGUAAAAUUGUUUCCUAGCAUAAGGAUGGCAGAAGCUAUAGAUCUAGCCCAGGAGAACAAUCAGAAUAAGAGUCCCCUCUCUCCACAGAGUAACCUGGAGGCCUCCUUUGUAGCGCCUGAGGAAAGGAACAAGCUUCAUGAAUAUGAUGUAGAAGAGUCUACUUGUACUGUCUCUGAAACACCCAGUUUGUCUCUGAACCAUCUGCCUUUUUAUUGUGAAGAUGAUAAAAUUCUUCUCCAGGAAAGGGAGAGUAUGGGCAAGUUUCUAAGAACCCCAGAAAGGGGCCACAAAGAGCCUCUCAACAAAGGCUUUCUUGAUACUGAUUCCACAAAACCAAUCAAUGGCAUUUUCUCCCACACUCCAAUUCUUCAGCCCCCAAAGAAGAAAAACCUGCAUUUCCACACUGUAGAAGAGACACAGCUGAACAUGGAAGCAGCAGAGAGCCAGAGUUCAGAAGGGGGCUUGGACACUCUUCCUUCUGAGGCAAAGGAUAGCCCUUUGCCAAUCAGAGAAACGUGUUCUCUGCCCAAAGCCCUUGGGGGUCUAGUGAGCCCUCUUCAGAGCAGCAGCUCUGCAGCUUUAGGCUCAAGGCUAUUAAAGUCCAAUCAACCAAGCCCUAAGCUUGAGGAUGGGGCUGGCUGGACUAAAGACCAGCAACACAAACCCAGAGAGCAUUCCUCCAGCAUUAGAAGUAUAUCUAAAGGGAUAGAGAGACAGGCUGGUCUGCAAGUCAAGGGGUCUGUCCCUCCAGCACCAGUCCUUCCACAGGGAGAAAGCAGGACCGAUCUGGAUUCUAAAUUGACCGAGCAGUUGGCACAGUUUGAAAAGAGCCUAUCUGGACCAAAGGCGGAACUGGACAAGAAAAUAUCCCGGCACUUUUCAAUCACGGACUUUAGCUCAGAGAAGGAUAUUGUUCGUGGUUCUCCUCCCACACUAACAAGCCCACAAGAGCCACCUGGAAGGCGGAAGGCCCUGAGGCCACCACCUCCCCGCCCAUGUGUCCCAGCUUCUACUCCUCCCCAGCCCCAGAAACCUGAAUCCCCAUCUUUUUCAAUGAGGCCCUCCCGUCCAGCUCCUCUCCCUCCUUUGGCACCACAGAGGAUGAAUUUAGCAUCAAUUAAGUCCCAUCCUGCUAACCAUCAUCACUUUGAUGACACUUUAGAGAAAGAGAACUCUAGUUAUCUGGACAGGACCCUGGACCCAGCCUCCGAGUGUUCCUAUUUGCUUGUCAGAAUUCAGGAAAUGGAGCAGGAGUUGGAGGAAUUUAGCAGGACUCGAGAGGAACUGAACCUGUUGCUGGAAGAAAAGCAGGAUGAAGGGCUAAGGGCAGGGACACUGGAGAACCUGGAGUUCUGUGACUAUCACAUUGAAAGGCUGAAUAUGGAACUUCAGCACCUUCGAGAAAUGACUCUCCUCUCCUCUCAGUCUGCAUCCCUGGAGUCACCCUCUGUGUCGGUGGCCUCUGAUGACCCAGAGCAGAGAAUGCUGGAGAAAAGAGCCAAGGUAGUAGAAGAACUCCUCCAAACUGAAAAGGACUAUGUGCGGGAUCUGGAGAUGUGCAUUGAACAGAUCAUGGUGCCCCUGCAGCAGGCACAGGUGCAGAACGUGGAUUUUGAGGCGCUUUUUGGAAAUAUCCAGAUGGUGGUUAAUGUCUCAAAGCAGUUGCUGGCUGCUUUAGAAACCACUGAUACUGUAGGACCUGUAUUCUUGGAGCAUCGGGAUGAGCUUGAGGGGGUAUACAAAGUUUACUGCCAGAAUCAUGAUGAGGCCAUUGCCCUGCUGGAGAUCUAUGAGAAAGAGGAGAAGAUCCAGAAGCAUCUUCAGGAAUACUUGGAAAACCUUAAGAGCCUGUACAGUGAAUGGGGUUGUACAAACUACAUUAACUUGGGUUCCUUCCUGAUCAAACCAGUGCAGAGGGUUAUGCGUUACCCACUGCUGCUAAUGGAGCUGCUGAAUUCUACGCCAGAGUCUCACCCUGACAAAGCUCCUUUAACCAAUGCUGUCCUUGCUGUCAAGGAGAUCAAUGUCAACAUUAAUGAAUAUAAACGUCGAAAGGACCUGGUCCUCAAGUACCGUAAAGGAGAUGAAGACAGCCUAAUGGAGAAAAUCUCUAAACUUAAUAUCCAUUCCAUCAUCAAGAAAUCCAACAGAGUAAGCAGUCACCUGAAGCACCUCACUGGCUUUGCUCCUCAGAUAAGAGAUGAAGCAUUUGAAGAAACAGAGAAGAACUUCAGAAUGCAAGAAAGACUUAUUAAGUCUUUUAUCCGAGACCUUUCCCUCUACCUUCAGCAUAUUCGUGAAUCGGCAUGUAUGAAAGUUCUGGCUGCUAUCAGCAUGUGGGAUGUCUGCAUGGAGAAGGGAAAUAGAGACUUAGAGCAAUUUGAGAAAGUGCAUCGUUAUAUCAGUGACCAGCUCUUCACAGAUUUUAAAGAGAGGACAGAGCGACUUGUUAUCUCACCCUUGAAUCAGCUUCUGAGCAUGUUCACAGGACCCCACAAGCUGGUCCAGAAACGCUUUGAUAAACUGUUGGACUUCUACAAUUGCACAGAACGGGCAGAGAAGUUGAAGGACAAGAAAACUUUGGAGGAACUGCAGUCUGCCCGUAACAACUAUGAGGCUUUAAAUGCACAGUUGUUGGAUGAACUCCCUAAAUUCAGACAUUAUGCCCAAGGCCUUUUCUCCAAUUGCAUCCAUGGCUAUGCAGAGGCACACUGUGAUUUUGUGCAUCGGGCCCUGCAGGAGUUGCAGCCACUACUAGCACUGCUCAAAGUUGCUGACAGAGAGGGAAACCUUAUCGCCAUCUUCCAUGAAGAGCACAGCCGGGUUCUUCAGCAGCUCCAGGUCUUUACUUUCUUCCCAGAGUCUCUUCCCACCACUAAGAAGCCCUUUGAAAGAAAAACUAUGGAGCGUCAGUCUUCUCGGAAACCUCUUCAGGGUUUGCCAAGCUAUAUGCUACAGUCCGAUGAACUCCGUGCCAACCUUCUGGUGAAAUAUCCCCCCGAAAAACUCUUCCAGGCAGAACGGAACUUCAAUGCCGCCCAAGAUCUCGAUGUAUCACUCCUAGAGGGAGACCUUGUGGGUGUAAUCAAAAAGAAGGACCCCAUGGGCAGUCAGAAUCGAUGGCUUAUUGACAAUGGAGUUACCAAAGGCUUUGUGUACAGCUCCUUCCUGAAGCCCUACAACCCCCGUCGGAGCCACUCGGAUGCUUCUGUUGGCAGCCAUUCCUCCACUGAAUCGGAGCACAGCAAUUCUUCCCCCAAAUUUCCCAGACAAAACAGCAACAGCGCUUUGUCCGUAACUUCUGGCAAUGUAGCGGCAGACUUCACCUCAGGACCACUCCAACAGCCUGCUCAGGACUCAACCUUGUGGCAAGAGUCUGGCCAAGAGAGUGUCCAUCCUUCUUCAAAUUCAGUUGUUCCUGAGGAAAGUCCUUCCAGAUGCCUCCUAGAUAAAGACUCUCCUUCCCAAACCAGGUUGUGGAAUGCUGUGGACCUUGUCGACUUGGCAAGAGAUUUUGACCAGCAGACUCCUGCUGUAAGAGGCUACCGACACUCCAGUCACCCUGAAGCAGUUAGUCAAGGAGCACCACGACGCAAUGGGCAGCCUAGGCAAGGGGGAGACCUUUUAAAGGGGUACACAAAGGUACUACCCUCAGUGGAAGAUCAGAAUGAAGAGCUGGAAAGCAAUGAGGCAACAGGCAGCCAGGUUUACUUUGCUGUCUACACUUUCAAGGCCCGAAGCCCAAAUGAAUUGAGUGUGUCAGCCAAUCAGAGACUCAGGAUCCUUGAGUUCAAAGAUGUUACAGGAAACAAGGAGUGGUGGUUGGCUGAACUGAAUGGGAAGAAAGGCUAUGUUCCAUCCAAUUACAUCCGAAAAACUGAGUACACCUGAAUCUGCACUGCUUCCUAUUCAGUCCUGGUGCUUUUGUUUCCAGUUGACAGCAGGGCUUCUAGGAGCCCACUGAAGAAGAGGGAGAGAAAGAAGGGGCACCAUGCCACCUGUCUCUGAUACAGAGGGGUUGUCUGCACUGUUUAACCUUGGAAUGGCAGAGUACAAGAUAGAAACCUUGUUGUCUGUAAUGGAAUUCUGAAUGCUGCUGCUCAUUAGAAUUAGUAGAACUUAAAAAUGGACCCCAGGACUUAGAGGUAGUUCAGACAUCAUGAAGAAGAGAGGCAAGGCCUGGGAUCCAGAUAGGAAAGAACAUUUUCAACCAGAGAGCCGGCGUUCCUGCAUACGAUGGUGACCGUGCCUUAGCCUCGGAUUUUAGAGGUGACUGGCACAGCUUGCUAGGCUGUAGCUGGACCUGAGCUUGUACACAGCCCCAGGGUCUACUGAUGAGAUGCUGACUUGGAUCAAGUGAAAGGGGAUGGCCUGCCAUGUGAUCCAUUUCAGACUGUGCUUCUGGUUGGUUCUUUCCAUAUGGCAGUGACAUGGUUGGACCUAACAGACCUAAUGAUUGUAAGCCCCCUUGAUACCACCAGUCUCCAAUACACAAACAUCCCCAACUUGAAAAAGCCCCCAAAUACUGACAGUCCUUUUACUAAAAUGUUUCUCCCUCCCCUAGUUCUGGUAUGUGAAAUAUCAGCUUUUUCUUUACUCUUUCUAAGGUGCAAGGAGCAUUUAUUUUCUACAUGCCCUUCGCCUGAAUGAAUUCUUCUCCUGUUUUGGGGCAUAAAAUAGCUUUUCCUAUUAUAGCUCACCCUCACCCAAGUGGAAAUGACCCUUUUUUAUUUUCACACUAAAUGUGAAUGAUACUAUCACACAUAUUCUUUCUAGUUGACUCCAUAGUCCUGACCCAGUAGGGCUAGAGAUACAGCUAUUCCAUAAAGAGCUUUAGAUCUGUGUUGGGAUGUUGUUGGGGCCAAACCAGCAUGGUGGAACAUUUCCAGGGAUGUUUUGCCCUCCUUAGUCCGACAAGGCCUCCCUUCCCUAGUAUUCCUGGGUGCUAGAAAGGUAUCUCCUUAUCUUGUUAGACUAGGUUUCCUAAAAUCCUUAGGGAGCUCUCCAAGGUGAACGAAGCUGGAAGAGGAAGAUAUGUGCCUGUGUCUGUAUCCAGACACAGGGUAGCCAAGCCCAGUAAUAGUUGCUUCAUGUUUUCUGUUGUCUCCGAACAACUCAUGUCAGGGUCAUUUUCUACUAAAACACAUAACCCACGCUCCCCACUCUCCCCAGCUCCCCAAGAUGUGAUUCCAUUCUUAAGAGCCACUCAUGAUUGGGUAUUCAGAAGAGCAGUCUCUCUGAAACCUCCCUUUCAGCUUCUGCUCCUCAAAAUCAAGCCAUCCUAGAAUGAAUUAGGAAGAUAACAACAUGCCCUUUCCCUCCCAGCACUGGGAGAUGUCUGCUGCUCUUACUCAGAGGAGAAGAAAGAGGUUCUCUCCUCUACUCUUGGACUGUGAGUAAUUUUAGAGUUGUGGAAACUGAACUAGUUCUUUUUGUAAAUAAAUUUUUUUUAAGUGAAUGGCCCUUGGCAUAUUUUAUCAUUUAUUCAACAUAUUUUUGGUCUUUGGACAUUUUCUCAGUAGAUGUCAUAGAAAUAAGCUGCUUU